UUAGCAGGGCGCUGUGAUUGGCAGAGCCGGUAUCCUAGUAACCGUGCGGCGGCGUCUGCGGCCUCUGUAAGGGCCUGUGUUGUCAGGAAAAGAAGCCCCGAUCGGCCAUUGACAUCUGUGCCUGGCUUGUCCCUUAUCCCUCAUCCAAGCCAUGUCUCUCCGCACCCUUCCAUUGCUCUUCAUCAAUCUCGGGGGAGAGAUGCUCUACAUCCUGGAUCAACGCCUCCGAGCCCAGAACAUCCCUCCAGACAAAGCCAAGAAAGAUGAUUGGACAGAUCAGGAAAGAAAGCGAGUUAUGAAUGAUAUUAUCACAACUAUGUUUAACAAGAAGUUCAUGGAAGAACUAUUUAAACCACAAGAGCUGUACUCCAAGAAAGCCCUCAGGACAGUUUUUGACCGAUUGGCCCAUGCUUCUAUCAUGAGGCUAAACCAAGCCAGCAUGGACAAGCUCUAUGACUUGAUGACUAUGGCCUUCAAGUAUCAAGUUCUGUUGUGUCCUCGCCCCAAAGAUAUCUUAUUAGUUACCUUUAAUCACAUGGACGCUAUCAAAGACUUUAUCCGGGAUUCUCCCAGUAUUCUGAACCAAGUGGAUGAGACUUUCCGGCAGUUGAUUGAUAUGUACAACUGUCUACCUGCUGGUGAGUUUCAACUGAUCAGGCAAACCUUGCUUAUCUUCUUCCAGGAUAUGCACAUUCGGGUUUCCAUUUUUCUAAAAGAUAAAGUCCAAAACUCAAAUGGGCGUUUUGUGCUGCCAACAUCUGGCCCUGUUCCUUGGGGGACUGAAGUACCAGGUCUUAUUAGGAUUUUCAGUUUUAAAGGGGAAGAGGUGAAGAGAGUGGAGUUCCAGAAUGGUGGGAAUUAUAUCAGUCCUCUUCGAGAAGGCUCUUAUGAUCUUUUUGGUGACCGAGUGCUAAAGCUGGGGACCAAUAUGUACAGUGUAAGCCGUUCUGUGGAGACUCACAUGUCCGGGACAUUGAAAAGUUCAGCCUCACACACAAAGGAGAACGUUGCACCAAAUCCUUUGGCGAAAGAGGAGUUAAACCUCCUGGCACAGCUAAUGGGUGGUAUGGAGCUGAAGAAACCCUCCACUGCUGACCACAUUUUCCGUUUAAACCUUUUCACCAACGAUGAAGAAGAGGAGCAAGCAGCACUGACGAGACCAGAGGAGCUUUCUUACAAAGUGAUCAACAUUGAAGCCAGUGAAGUAAGUGAAGAGACCAGGAGAGAAAUAAAGAGCUUUCUCGCAUUAUGGGAGCGUUUCGAUCUGAGGAGACAUUGGUACAGAAUACCAGCAAAGGAGAUGAUCUCCUAGCGCUAAUGGAUGGACUGUGAUGAAAAAAAUAAGCUUUUUUUUUUUUUAUUUCUGUCUAGUCCAAUAUUAAUAUAAUAAUAUAUAUUUCUCAAAUACUGGGAUGGUGACUUUAUCAUGUGAAAACAACAGAAAUUGCUCCAUUUCAUGUAAUGGUAAUAAUUCAGACAAAAAAACAUACACUGCAGCUUGUAUAAAAAUAAAGUGACAGGUCACUUUUAUAUUUGUAACAUUUGUAAUAUUAAUGUGUAUAUAUGUAUGUCUAUGAAUAUAUUCUCUCUGGACAUUUUA